AUGGAAACCGCAGCGCUGACCGAGGAGACGAAGCCGUUAUCUAAGAAUGCGCAGAAGAAGCUGGCGAAGGCCGCCCGAUUUCAGGCCAUGAAGCUGGAAAGAAGAGCGCGAGAAAAGGAACAGCGCAAGGAGAAGAAACGCAUCCGAGCAGAAAAACGUGCCGCCGGAGAACUGGACUCGGACGAGGAGAGGGAAGAGGAGGCGCGACGGAAACGCCGGAAAGGCGAUGGUGGCAAGCAGCAGAUUUUCGGAGCCAGAGUGGUGAUCGACUUGGGUUUCGAUGAACUCAUGAGCGAGAAAGAGAUAACUUCCUUGUGUUCCCAACUAGCAUAUACAUAUAGUGCUAAUCGACGCUCGUCUAACCCAUUCUCAUCGCUUCUCUUCACAUGUCUGAACGGCCGGACCCUAACCAGACUGGAAACCGUGGGUGACGCAAGUUACAAGAGGUGGACAAAUACCGAAUGGUGGACCGACGGCUACGAAAAGCUGUGGGAUGCAGAAAGCCCAGAUUCAAAACCUGCAGGUGUGGCUAACCCCCAGGAACCCGCGGAGGCAGGCACAGAUGCAGACCGACCAACGGUGCGCUCGAAGGUACCGAAGGAAUCUGUGGUCUAUCUCACGGCAGAUUCUUCCGAAGAAUUGCUCGAGUUGAAAGAAGGCGAGACGUAUAUCAUAGGUGGUAUAGUUGACCGCAACCGCUACAAGAACUUAUGUCUCAACAAAGCAAACGCAGCUGGAAUUCGGACCGCCCGCUUGCCCAUAGGCACCUACCUGUCCGACCUGCCGACGCGCAAAGUCCUCACAGUUAAUCAAGUGUUCGAGAUCAUGCUAAAGUGGGUAGAGACCCGUAACUGGGAACAGGCGCUGUACGCUGUUAUGCCCAAGAGGAAGUUCCAUACGGGCAACUCCAAGGAUAAGAGUGUCGCUGGGUCAGAACAGGGUCAGAACGACCAUGAUACUCCCGGCGAUGCAGUGGAAGAAGUAGUCGUCAGGGCAGAGGAUAUAGAAGCGGCAGAGGAGGCGCCCUAG